UCAUCGAUCCUUAUCUCACUCAAAAUUUUUCAUCAGCUUUUAUUCAUCACAGAGACAAGAGCUACAGCUUUUUGAUCAUAUGGGUGUUGUUACAGUAAUUGCCAAACGUCUAGAUGCAAUAGUCGGGCCUGGAGUAAUGCUUCUUUAUCCAUUAUAUGCCUCAAUCCGAGCAAUAGAAACUCCUUCCAUGGUAGAUGACCAGCAGUGGCUAACUUAUUGGAUAAUAUACUCUUUGAUAACCAUCUUCGAACUCUCAUGCUGGAAAAUCCUGGCAUGGUUACCAUUUUGGCCAUACAUGAAGCUUCUAUUUUGCAUGUGGUUGGUGCUACCGAUUUUCAAUGGGGCAGCUUAUAUCUAUGAAAAAUAUAUUCGAAAAUACAUAAGGCUUGGUGGAUUUGGAAGCUCAGUCUCAAAUUAUACAGAGGACCAGAGGAAGAUUCUCCAGAUGAUUAGCUCGGACGCAAGGAAAUAUGUAGCUGAAUACAUUGACAAGCAUGGAUGGUCAGCGUUUGAGCGAAUAAUCAAAGCGGCUGAGAAAGAAGCAAAGAAACCUUGAAGUCUUAAUUACCAAGUCCUCCUCCACUUUUCCUUUUAUCACUAAUUGUGUCUAUAUAGAUAUGAAAACAGAAAAACGAAAAAAACUUGUAUCUGAAAUUCUGAAUACAUAGCACUCAUGGGGAAGAAAAUAACUUUCAACCAGUCUUCAUUUCUGCAAAACCCUGAACCCAUAUGUACAAUAUAAUACGAUGUUGGAUU